GGCUUAUCGGGAUAUUCCAAGACGAGACCCAGACAAGCCAGACAAGCUUCUAAGGCUUCUAAGGUGCCCAAGUUGCGUCAGCCUCGGAUCGAAUUUACCAGCUUAACUCCACUGUUACAGUUGUAAUUUUGAACGAUAUUGGCGUUGCACCCAACUAGGCAACCAGUUUUCUGAUUUUCCGAAUUUCAAAUAUACUAACUUACCUCGAAAUCACCUAGUAUUUCUCGUGACUCCCUGUCUCUGCUGUGCCUCCUGAAGGUCGUUGUUUGGGCGGGAUGAGUUGUACUUAAGAGGAGAGAGCUAUAAACGACUUUGGAAGCUUCAUCCCGACUACCACACUCACACAUUUGCCUGAGCUGUAAUACAGAAAACACAACUAGUCAGAAGAGAGCAAACAAACACAAGCUUGCCCAACAUGGCGACGAUUCGUAGUAUGGAUCACACCAAAUCGGAAGCCGAGCUCGCUAUCAAUAUCAGAAAAGCUACCAAUGCGGAAGAAACGGCACCGAAACGAAAACAUGUGCGAAGCUGUAUCGUCUAUACCUGGGACCACAAGUCCUCCCAGUCCUUCUGGGCUGGUAUGAAAGUGCAGCCGAUUCUUGCCGACGAGGUCCAAACGUUCAAGGCUUUAAUCACGAUCCACAGAGUCCUACAAGAAGGCCACCCCCAGACGUUAAGAGAAGCUAUGGCAAACCGACCGUGGAUUGAUAGUCUCAACCGAGGUCUAGCUGGCGAGGGUGUCCGCGGGUACGGCCCCCUAAUUCGAGAAUAUGUCUACUUUCUGUCCGCGAAAUUGUCCUUCCACGCGCAACAUCCCGAGUUCAACGGUACUUUCGAAUACGAGGAAUAUGUCAGUUUGAAGGCAAUCAACGACCCUAAUGAGGGUUACGAGACAAUCACCGACCUUAUGUCCCUCCAAGAUAAGAUCGAGCAAUUCCAAAAAUUGAUAUUCUCGCAUUUCCGAAACGUAGGCAACAACGAGUGUAGAAUCUCAGCUAUUGUGCCUCUAGUGCAAGAAAGUUAUGGAAUUUACAAGUUUAUUACAAGCAUGCUGCGAGCUAUGCACUCCACAACCGGCGAUAACGACGCAUUGGAGCCCCUCAGACAACGUUACGACGCCCAACAUUACCGACUAGUCAAGUUCUACUACGAAUGCUCAAACCUGCGCUACUUGACAAGUUUGAUAACGAUUCCGAAACUACCUCAAGACCCCCCGAAUUUGCUCGCGGAAGACGAAAACGCCCCCGCAUUACCGGCUCGUCCAAAACAAGAGAUCGAGCGCCAGCCGACACCUGUCCGUCAACCUAAGUCUGAGGAACCCGACGAAAUCGCCGAAUUCUGGCAGGGCGAAAUUGAUAGGCAGAAUAAGGAGUACGAAGAACAGCAAAGGGUAUUACAAGAACGUCAGCAAGCGGCUCUUCGUGCUCAGCAGGAUGCACAACUACAGGCUCAACGAGACUUUGAGGAACAACAAAGACGUUUAGCAGAGCAACAACGAAUGGAGCAAGAAGCAUUACUAGCACAACAAGCUCAGUGGCAGACACAAGGCCGAUUGGCUGAACUUGAGCAAGAGAACCUAAACGCGAGGGCGCAAUAUGAGCGCGACCAGCUAAUGUUACAGCAAUAUGAUCAACGAGUGAAGGCCUUGGAGGGUGAACUAUCACAGAUCCAGAACAAUUUUGGCCAACAAAUAACUAGCAAGGAUGACCAAAUCCGAGCCCUACAAGAACAGGUCAACACAUGGAGAACCAAGUAUGAAGCCCUAGCCAAGCUUUACUCACAACUACGUCACGAACAUCUGGAUCUCCUUCAGAAAUUCAAGACAGUCCAACUGAAGGCGGCGUCGGCCCAAGAAGCCAUCGAAAGGCGCGAGAAGCUCGAGCGUGAAAUCAAGACGAAGAACCUAGAGUUGGCGGAUAUGAUUCGCGAACGAGACCGAGCGUUGCAUGACAAGGAUAGAGUAAGCGGCAGCAAUAAGGACGAAGUUGAGAAACUGAAGCGAGAGCUACGUAUGGCUCAGGAUAGGGCCGACAACUUGGAGAGAAGCAAAGGUAACGAGCUAUCUACAAUGCUCGCCAAGUACAACAGAGAAAUGGCAGAUCUGGAAGAAGCUCUGCGAACUAAAUCUCGCGCUUUGGAAGAGGCGCAAGCUAAGUUACGAGAUGGUAGCUCGGAUCUUGAGCAAUUACUCCGUGAUAAGGAGGAAGAGCUCGAGGUUUACAAGGCUGGCAUGGACCAGACUUUGAUCGAGUUGAAUGAAUUGAAGCUCAACCAAGGGGAUACCGAUCAGGCUCUAGAUGGCCAGAUCGAUGCUUUGAUUAUGGCCAACCUUGACAAGAUUAACGACAUCAUUGACUCAGUAUUGCAAGCGGGUGUUGUUCGAGUAGAUGACGCACUAUACGAACUGGAUUCGACAAUGCAGGCUGGUAACCAAAACGCAUCACCAACAUAUGUGCUUUCUCAGGUUGAAAAGGCUGUGUCGAACGCCACCGAAUUCGCUACCGCCUUUAGUAAUUUUAUUGCCGAUGGGCCGAACGCCACUCAUGCAGAACUCAUCAAAGCAGCCAAUGUCUUUGCGGGAGCUAUAGCGGAUGUGUGUUCUAAUACCAAGGGUCUAAACCGUCUUGCUUCGGACGAUAAAAAGUCCGAUUCACUCAUGAAUGGCGCACGUGCAGCUGCCCAAUCUACCGUAAAGCAUUUCCGAAGCCUUCAAAGCUUCCGAUUGGAGGGUAUGGAUCCUCUCCAGAAGACCGACGUUCUUGUCAAUGGAAGCAGUGAUGUUCGUCUACAAUUACAAAGGUUGACCAACAUCGUCGAAUCCUUCGCUCCUGGAUUUAACCGAUUAGCAAACAAUAAGGGCGAUCUAGGCGACCUUGUCGACUCCGAGCUAAGCAAGGCAGCUGAUGCGAUUGCUGCCGCCGCCGCCCGCCUCGCUAAACUUAAGAACAAGCCCCGUGAUGGAUACUCGACGUACGAGAUCAAGGUUCACGACUCGAUUCUUGACGCCGCAACAGCGAUCACAAAUGCUAUCGCUCGACUCAUUAAAGCCGCUACCGAGACCCAACAAGAAAUCGUGCAAGCGGGUCGGGGUACAUCUUCGCGAACAGCCUUCUACAAGAAGAACAACCGAUGGACCGAAGGUCUUAUCUCGGCCGCCAAGGCUGUCGCUACGUCAACUAACAUGCUUAUCGAAACGGCCGACGGCGUACUAUCCGACCGCAAUAGUCCCGAACAACUUAUCGUCGCAUCGAACGAUGUGGCUGCAUCUACGGCGCAGCUCGUCGCCGCUAGUCGUGUCAAGGCUGGCUUCAUGAGCAAGAGCCAAGAUAACCUCGAACAGGCUAGCAAGGCUGUUGGCGCGGCUUGCAGAAACUUGGUUAGACAGGUGCAGGCUAUGAUUAAGGAUAGAAACCAGGAGGACGAGUCGACGGAUUACACUAAGUUGAACCCGCACGAGUUCAAGGUCCGGGAGAUUGAGCAGCAGGUCGAGAUUCUACAGCUCGAGAACGCUCUUGCUUCUGCCCGACACCGACUCGGCGAGAUGCGCAAGAUUUCGUACCAAGAGGAGUAGGAGUAGGCAGAGCUAUGAUCAUUUUGAAGCAGAGGAAAGGAGGAACGAAGGAGAGGGGAGAAGGAGGGUGAUACCCUGUAGUAGUUGCGUGCGCCUAAGCACCUUUUUUUCUUUUCACCUCAAUCGCAUCGCGUUGUUUUAUCUUCCCAUCUUAUAGUUUACGCGGGGGGAUCUCUUGGAACGUAUGUACCUAGGUUAAGUAGGUUGGCGGUGGAAGGAAGGAAAGCUUUUAUGUUGUACAAAAUUGCUAUUACUCGUCUGGUGAUAGGCAGGUAUGCACCUGUCUAGUUUAGGUAAUUUGAUUAUCGACAUUGUGGUUGUGGUUAAGCGUUUCGUUUAGAAUGAAGCGUGUUAUGUGGUUAAUAGUGGUAUUCAAAGCAAAGCU